GCGAGCUGGGGGCAUGUCCGCAGCGGGCGCCGUCUAGAGGAAGGCCGGGCAGCCGCCACCACGCUUUCAGUCGCAGCGAGACGCAAGCGAGCCAGGCCGAGGGCCGUGGCAGCUAUGCAGCGACGGCGGCGCCCUCCACCGCCGGCCUCUCAGCUGCCCGAGAGCUGCGGGGGAGGCGGCGGCGGCAGCGGCAGCGGCGGCCGCGGUGGAAGCGAGGAGGUGGAAGUGCAGUUCUCCGCCGGGCGUUUGGGUUCGGCCGCUGCGGUUUCGGUGGCGGCAGCCGCGCGCAGCACGGAGGAGGAGGAGGAGAGGCUUGAGCGCGAGCACUUCUGGAAGAUCAUUAAUGCCUUCCGCUACUACGGCACCAGUAUGCAUGAGCGAGUGAACCGAACAGAAAGACAGUUUCGAUCACUUCCAGAUAAUCAACAGAAACUACUUCCUCAGUUUAUUCUUCACUUGGACAAGAUUCGGAAAUGCAUUGAUCAUAAUCAAGAAAUACUACUGACCAUUGUGAAUGAUUGCAUACAUAUGUUUGAAAAUAAAGAAUAUGGAGAAGAUGGGAAUGGGAAGAUUAUGCCAGCAUCUACAUUUGACAUGGAUAAAUUAAAAUCUACAUUGAAACAGUUUGUGAGAGACUGGAGUGAAACUGGGAAAGCAGAAAGAGAUGCCUGCUACCAGCCAAUCAUUAAAGAAAUUUUAAAAAAUUUUCCAAAAGAGAAAUGGGAUCCUUCUAAAGUAAAUAUUCUGGUACCUGGUGCUGGACUAGGAAGACUGGCCUGGGAAAUAGCUAUGCUAGGUUAUGCUUGUCAAGGAAAUGAAUGGAGUUUUUUUAUGCUCUUUUCUUCCAACUUUGUUCUGAACAGAUGUUCUGAAAUUAAUAAAUAUAAACUUUAUCCCUGGAUCCAUCAGUUUAGCAAUAACCGGAGAUCAGCUGAUCAGAUACGACCCAUCUUUUUCCCAGAUGUUGACCCCCACAGUCUUCCUCCUGGUUCUAACUUUUCUAUGACAGCAGGAGAUUUUCAGGAGAUUUAUUCAGAAUGCAAUACCUGGGACUGUAUUGCCACCUGUUUCUUCAUAGACACAGCUCACAAUGUGAUUGAUUAUAUUGAUACCAUAUGGAAAAUACUCAAGCCAGGUGGAAUUUGGAUAAAUCUUGGUCCUCUGCUGUACCACUUUGAAAAUUUGGCAAAUGAACUUUCCAUAGAAUUGAGCUACGAGGAUAUAAAAAAUGUUGUUCUGCAAUAUGGAUUCCAGGUAGAGGUGGAAAAAGAAUCUGUGUUGUCAACAUAUACUGUGAAUGAUCUCUCUAUGAUGAAAUACUACUAUGAAUGUGUCUUGUUUGUGGUCCGUAAGCCACAAUAAUGGUCUUAAGUGAUAUCACCCAGAAAAGUAUAAUAAGAACAAAUGCUGAAAUAAACAACUCAAAAUCAACUAUCAGUGAUGACAGGACACAACCUCAAAUCAGUGGUGCCUUCUUAUUCUUAACAAAAUUUAGAAAUAGUGUCUAUUUUCUUAAUAAUGUCUAUUGCUUUUUUCAGAAAUAUACUAUGCCAUGCAGAUUUGUAUUACACAAGUAAAAAUGGAGGAAAUAAUCUUCACAUAUACUUUUUCAUUGAAGCCCAGAAUUGUCUUGCAGCAGAAAAAAACCUAAUCUCCAGUGUCUUCAUGAAGCUGUCGCAAAUCUGCCAUAUUAAUGAUUGAUAGUAUUGAAGUCCAUAAUAAUCUCCUUUUUUUAUUGUUUUAUGUGCAUUGCAUAUGCUAUUUUUAGAAGUUUAAGGAUCCUGUUAUAUUCAUCAUCUGGAAUUGUGAUUUUGUUCACUUUCUUCCUGAGCAAUGUAUACAUAAAAUGUGUAUCUAUUUCUUUUUUUCAUCUAAAUUAGUUGACUUUAUUUUUUCUAAAUCAACUGAAUUUAGAGAAGCUUCAUACAUUUCAUUUUUAUGAAAUGCUAAAUUUAAUUGUAUCACUGGUCACUAAAAUGGAACUGAGAAAUUAAGUCUUUCGUCCACACUAAAUGGAACACUUUAUGAAAGCAUGCUCAUCAUGGAUCACUUUGAAAUGUAUGGGAUCUCAACAUUCUAAGUAAGGCACAAAAGCCUUUUUUUAAAAUAGUGCUAGGAGACUGGAAAAUAAAAAUCUGCCCAUUUGAAAUGUAUGAUUUCAAACUAGAAAUGAAUACAGUUUGCCAGUGUGAUGUUUACAAUAAUGUCUUUAGAUUAUCAGGAUUAUGAAAGCAAGCACUUUUUUUGUUAAUCAUAUACUAGUAAAAACUGUCAUAAUGGUAUUACUAUGGAAAAUCUUGAGUAUGAAAUUCAGGGAUGAAUUACUGCCCAUGGUCUGUCUUUGAGUAGCUUGCAUUCAUGUAAUUUCAUAUUAACACCAGUUUUGUUCCCUGAUAGAUGGAGCUUAAACAUUAUAUAUGCUGCUGUAAAUUACUACCUCUAGCAGAUCUAUAUUGGAGGCAGUUUUUUUUUUUUUCUUUUUUUCUCUUUUAAUGUUUGUUCUUCUAUUUCCAGUACCUUGGAAAGCAAAGAUGAAUAAUGUUUUAACCUUUUCUUGGAGAAAAGAAAGAACCCUUAUUGAAUAUUUUCAUAGAUGAUUAUGAUUGCUUUAAGUUAUCUCUUUGGCAUUUUGGAUUAGAGGAACUUAAUGUGCUGGUAGCAUAAGUGUCAUGGUUUUGAUAAGAAAACUUAAUUGUAAAUGUUCAGACCUUCGUUGCCUGUAGCUUGUAAGAAUCAUUACUGGAUUUAGCAUUUUUCUGGUUGGGGGCGGGUUCCGCAAACAGCAAGGGAGCUUUUUUAUCUUUACUCCCAUUAUGCAGGAUAAGGUUCCAUGGAGCUAAUUUUAAUUUGACUUGUCAAGUCAGGGAAAUCUGAAACCUGAGGUUUUUAAAAACAAAACUAUGUUGUGUUUAUGUCCCUCAGUACUUGGCAUACAUUUAUUUGGUAGAAAUUCUCAUUACUUAUAUAAAUGAACUUGAAAUUAAUUGCAAAGGGGAAAAGCACCCCAAAAUUAUUUUUUAAGGGAAAAAAAAAACUUAAAAGGAGCAUAAGUAUUUAAAAACAUCCAUUGAAUAGCAAGGAAUACAUACUGUUUUUGAAUAAUGUAAAAAAUGCCUUUUAUUCACUGAUGACUAAUAUUUUUUAUCACUUGUAUCAAAACAAAAGAUCUUUUUCUCACAAAGGCAAAAACAGGUUGACACUGGUGGAUUGGUUUUAUUGCCUAAUUUUUUUUCUUUUUUUACUAUCAGGUUUUAUUCUUUAAUAAUGUUACCUGUAUUUCUAAAUUACAGAAUAUAUUUUAGUUAACUCUGAAGUUAUUUCAUUUGUUUUAAUUUCUUCCUCAUAUCAUGAAUAUUAUUUUUAAAUGUCUAUACAAAUUUGCAUCACUUUUUUUCUUGUAGCUUUUGCAGUUAAUAUAUUCUAAACUUGAAAAUGUGGUAUUAAUCAAUAAUAGAAAUGUCACUGGAGGAUUUAUUUAACUUUGUAUUUCUUAAAAUUUAGUCCUGGCUACUAAAGUAUGUAAGCCUUAACAUUUUUUUCCCCCUUAAUUUAGCUCAAAACACAAAAGAACUGUUUGCAAAGUGGUCAGUGUGCUUGCUUUUUUUUUUUCCUCUCUUUUUCAUAUUCUGAAGUGGUGCAGAUUUUAGGCUGUGUUAAAUGAGUGAGGUGGGAUAUAUAAAAUAUAAAGAGAAGCUGUAUAAAUCACAGUAUAAAAUUAUGAAGUUUGGGAACUACAAAGUGUACUGUAUUUAUAUGUAAUUCUCCUUCUAAAAGUUGCCACAAAGGCUGAAUUGGAAGCUUCAUGUCUGCAUGAAAUUUCCUAUAUUUUUAAUGUGUAUGAUGGACUUAAUUUUUCUUGAAUAUUAAAGUCUGCCAAUUGCUAUGAAACAA